UUAAUGGCUUUAACACUAAACUUUUAUUUACAUAACUAAUAAUUUCCUAUUUUAUAUUCCCGAGAACUAGAUUUAUAUUCAUCAGUCACACCAGUCAGAAGUACAGAAGGGAGGACAAUCAGGCACCACCACUCAACCACAAGAUGGCUCACCGGUUGCUGACAGCUGCUAGAAGACUUGACAGACUACUGCAGAAGGGCGUGAGGACCGGGUCACUGGAUCCUGUGGUGAUAGGACAGCACCUAUCACACAUUAAUCUACCAUGGAGCACAACACUACUGCAGCAAUGGCAACAUUUCUGUCAGAAGCCUCCCCGGGGCUUUGAGAAAUAUUUCCGUGGUAGUGCCAGUAAACAGGGUCAAACCGGAAAUGCCAAGCCAACGCCCAAGACGGAUCCUCCACCAGAACCCACAAAUAAACCCUCAAAACCGAAGGACCCGUUUAACAUUAAUUUAUUCGGCUCAGGAAAUAAAUCUGGAGGUGGUGGACGAGGCGGUGGUGGCGGCAAACCAAUUGGUGAAGGUAGUGAACGUGAUCGAUGGUUAGCCCUCGCUGCUUUGGCUGCUAUGGGGUUUUUGGGGGUUGCAGCGUACUACCAGAUGGGUUAUCGAGAGAUCACCUGGAAAGAAUUUGCUAAAAAUUAUCUGGCCAAAGGUAUUGUUGAGAAGCUAGAAGUCAUCAACAAGAAAUGGGUGCGAGUGAAACUGAUGCCGGGUAACCAAGUUGAAGGAGCUACUACACUAUGGUUCAGCAUAGGUUCAGUUGAUGCUUUUGAACGCAACGUAGAGACAGCACAGAUAGAGUCGGGCAUUGAACCCAGCAACUUUAUCCCAGUUGUUUACAAAAAUGAGCUGGAGGCAUCAACACUGACAUCCUUCCUGCCUACAUUACUGAUAAUAGGAUUUUUAAUCUUCAUGAUGAGGAGAUCAGCCCAGAUGAUGGGAGGGUCUGGUGGACGGAAGGGUGGAGGCCUUUUUGGUGGGGUGAUGGAGUCCACAGCAAAGAUGGUCAACCCAACAGACAUUGGUGUUAAGUUCCGAGAUGUUGCAGGAUGUGAAGAGGCUAAAGUGGAGAUUAUGGAAUUUGUCAAUUUCCUGAAGAACCCCCAGCAGUACACUGAGCUUGGUGCCAAGAUCCCCAAGGGUGCCAUACUUACAGGACCCCCCGGAACAGGCAAAACACUUUUAGCCAAGGCAACUGCUGGUGAAGCCAACGUACCAUUCAUUUAUGUCUCGGGCUCAGAGUUCCUCGAGAUGUUCGUGGGUGUGGGUCCCUCACGUGUGCGAGACAUGUUUGCAAUGGCCCGUAAGAAUGCUCCAUGUAUCCUUUUCAUGGAUGAAAUUGACGCCGUCGGGAGGAAGCGCGGCGGGCGGAGUUUUGGUGGCCACUCAGAGCAGGAGAACACCCUGAACCAGCUGCUAGUGGAGAUGGAUGGUUUCAACACAACAUCUAAUGUGGUUGUGUUAGCUGCCACCAACAGAGUGGACAUAUUGGACAAGGCUUUGCUCAGACCAGGUCGAUUUGAUCGUCAAAUAUUUGUACCACCACCAGACAUCAAAGGCCGAGCAUCUAUCUUCAAGGUACAUUUGGCCCCAUUGAAGACGAAUCUUAAUAAAGAUGACCUCUCGAGGAAAAUGGCAGCUCUCACUCCAGGAUUUACUGGAGCGGAUAUCAGCAAUGUGUGUAAUGAAGCUGCCCUGAUUGCUGCCCGUGAUGCAGAGGUGGCUAUCGUACAAAAACAUUUUGAAGCAGCUAUUGAACGUGUAGUUGCUGGUAUGGAGAAGAAGACUAAUGUGUUGCAGCCAGCUGAGAAGAAGACUGUAGCAUUCCAUGAAGCUGGUCAUGCUGUCUGUGGCUGGUUUUUGGAACAUGCUGAUCCACUGCUCAAGGUGUCUAUCAUCCCACGUGGUAAAGGUCUUGGAUAUGCCCAGUACUUACCAAAAGAGCAGUUUCUCUUUACUCAAGAGCAACUCUUUGACCGCAUGUGUGUUAUGCUUGGUGGCAGAGCAUCUGAAAGCAUUUUCUUUGGUGCAGUCACAACUGGUGCACAGGAUGACCUGCAGAAAGUUACCAAGUCAGCUUAUGCUCAAAUUGUCCAAUAUGGCAUGAAUGAACGUAUUGGCCAACGGGUGUACCAACUUCCUGAGCCAGGGGAGAUGGUCAUGGAGAAGCCUUACAGUGAAGCUACAGCCCAGGCUAUAGAUGAAGAAGUCAAGAUCCUUAUAGAUGCUGCAUAUCAAAGGACACUGGAUCUUCUCAGAGAGAAAAAGGAAUACAUACAGAAGAUUGCUGAAAGGCUACUGGAACAGGAAAUUUUGAGUCGUGAUGAUAUGAUCGAGCUCUUGGGCCCUCGACCAUUCAAGGAAAAAUCUACUUAUGAAGAAUUUGUGGAAGGGACUGGCAGUUUUGAGGAAGACACCAGCUUACCUGAAGGUCUUAAACAGUGGAAUCUAAGUAAAGAGGAAUUAGAGGCAAAGAAGGAAGAAAAGAAAACAGAGAAGAAGAGCAGCUAGUCGAAAGAUGAUACAGUACUGUAUAGCUAAAGCUUUAGUUUAUCUUAUAUACAUACACUACUCAGCUAGUGUGAAAACAAGACCAGCAUGCAGGAUUUUUAUUAGGCAAGUGUUCCUGCAUUGUUCUUAGGUCUCUACACGUGUUCAUGUGAUGGUGGUGGUUGGUGAAGAGUUGGGUAUGCUGCCUUGCUUUUAAGUGGAGACAAAUUUUUCAAUGCCUAAAGUUAAAACCGUUGUGAAGGUUAGAAUAUUUAUAUAGAAUGGAAGUUAACAAGCAAAGGCAUUCCAUAUAGCCAUUUCUUGACAACUUGAACUUCAAAUUAAGGAUACUGGUUCCAGAAAUUAUAUUUGAUGUUAUUUAUGAAUUCCAAAUUACAAAAUUACAAAAACAGUAGUAACGAUUUUUAAUUGGAGGAGUGAUAGAUGUGUGUGGUGAGUCAUGAUAUUAGAAAGAAUGCACUGUUUCUUUUUGAGCACUUUGUUCACAAAACAAACCACAAGCAGGUGUGCAACAUGUGUAGGAUUUGUUUGUGCAACAUCUUUAAGGAAUUUCUGAAAGUUUCAAACAGGGAGAUAAUUUAUCCAAAGUUAACAAAAUUUGAUUAACUUGACAAUGAGCGGGUGCCAGAUUUUUAUUCAUGCGGGUCAUGUGACUUCAGCCUUAAUUUGAGAGUACUGUACUGUACUGUACUCUGUACUUCACUAUUAUAUUUUAUAUCGUCACAGGUUUGUAAAUAUGUAUUUAAUUAUAAAUUUUAGGGGCAAGUGAAUGCCAUUUUGUUUUAUAAGUCCAGUAUCGUUACAUGUACAGAGGUGGUUGUUUAUAUAUUAAAAGGAGGAAAUAUUUAACUUA